AUGCCUGUGGAUCCCAUUGCCAAGCCCCGAUUGCCCGCCCUCACUUCCAAACCAAGUCCUUCGUUCACCACCCGGUUACGCCGAGGAUACGCGCUUCCAAGCCCUUGUACACAGCACACUGAAAUGCCUGCCAGACUGCGCAGCACGCUCCAAAGGAGCAUUGCGCGCCCCCUGGACAGCGCCGGUGUCAUCUACUGCCAAUCGUGUUCAACAUGGCGGCGAACACUCUCGACGCGUGCUACCAGUAGCAUUGACAAGAUUGCGCCUGCGCGCCGUAGCGAUCGCCUUGCCUCUCCGGUCGCCACCUCUUUUACUCGCUCCAUCAUAACUUCCACCGCCAUAUCCACCGUUCCAUCACGAUUCAAGGAGCUACAUGACGCUUUGAGCGGGAUAAAGGAUGCGACCAUUGAGCAGGUCAGCGUGAGCCGGUUGCAGCUUGCCUUGCGGGGAUUGGAAUCAGAAGAACCCUUGAUUCGAAUUGCUGUUCUUGGUCUCGACAAUGUGGAUUCUGCUCGGAAACUCGUUCGAUUACUUCUUGCCGAUCCUUUGGGUCCCCGCGAAGACUGGGAGGAUAUUCUCGAGACUUACGACUCCGACGCCUCACAAGGAUUGCUGAUUCGAUACGGCGAGAUUUCAGAGUCUAUCCCCAAUGACCUGUUCCCUACGAUUGCAGUUCGAUCGUCUAUCUUGAAGAAGGGUAACUUGGAGAUUCUUAUCAGUGCUAUUGGCUCCGGGUCAAACUCGACUCGGACAACCCUCGAUGCCGACACUUUCCUCGUGCCUACCGUCACUAUUGAAACACCACACCCGGGCCGGAAUAACAUUGUGCGGUACCCAGUACACCGAAGUAUCGUUUGUGGAAGUGGCGUGGAUGGACUACUGGCAUUCAGCUCUCUUAUGGGCCAGUCAGACCUAAAGAAUGAGGUGGAAUCUGUACGUGGUGCCAUCGAGCUGUCUGUGGACAACGAGAAGUCCGGUAAUAGCCGGCUCUCUUUUGUGGAUAUUGAGCGCGCAUCAAAAGCGCUGGAUCGUAUUCGGGAAUCAGUGCAAAAUGCCACCGAGUACGAGCGAGGUUGGACUGGAAGUGGUGUACAACCUACUAUAGAUUGGCUGGCAUCUACUUCCCAAGUGGUAAAGGAAGACACAUUGAAUCCUGCGUUGGUCCCGUUAAUCGAGUCCAUACUGGAUGCUGCGGACGAGGGUGUUCUCGCUCGGGAUGCCAAGGCCCUUGAAGGUCAAGCAGUCGGAGUCCCUCAAGAGAAUGUCCGAUUCGAGCUCGAGCGCGGGGUCGUAAGAUGGGCCGAGCGAGCACACUCAGAGUUGCGCAGCUCCCUCGAGGCUGGCUUCGCCAGUCCCAGGUGGCGCGGCCUGGCAUGGUGGAAACUUUUCUGGCGCGUCGACGAUGUGGGCAUGAUUACAUCCGAGAUCCUGGAGAAGCGGUUCCUACGCCGCGCAGAGCGAGAAGCGAUCUGGUCCUCGGGCCAGUACCAGCAGGCUGGCCUGCUAGACGACCCUGAGCCCGCCACUUCUCCUGAGCCAAACCCAGACUCCCCGGCUGCACAAUCUACUCCUAUUCCGCCUCCGUGGCCAACUCAUAUCCCUGACAUGCGCACCAAGUUGCUCACUACUACUGUUCCCUCUCUUCAAGCCCUUGCGCAGAGCCUGGUGCUCUUCAGCAUCUCCACCACAACUCUCACCUCCGCCCUCUCCGCCCUUACCUAUCUCUCUAUUCCCACUGCUUCCGUGUACGAAUCAUGUACCCUUGGUGCCGUCGGUCUCAUCUACUCUCUACGCCGUCAGCAGAAAAAAUGGGUUGCUGCGCGUGAAUUCUGGGAAGAGGAGGUCCGCGAAGAGGGCCGAGCCUCUCUCCGCGAAACCGAAGAUCUCAUGCGGGGAAUAGUCCGCGACGGUGGUAAAGAUAUUGAGGAUCUGACAGAUCACCGUGCACGGGAGGCCGUUGACCGAGCGCGGAAGGCACUGGCUGAGAUCAAGGCCUGA